AGACCAUUCUCUAAAGGAGAUGCCUUUAUUGGUUAUCACGAAGACAUCGUCCCAGUUGUUGUUUUGCAAGUUUGUGCUGAACUUCAUAGCGACGAAGUAUUUCUCUCAGACGAAGAAAGAGAGUCUUGGGAAGAAAAGGUAAGUCGCAUCGCGAGAGAAAGGAAUUGUGACGGUUAUAAAGAGAAUAUCGUGUUUAUUUAUUAUGUGAUUAUUACAUGAACUAAGGUGCUUACGUGAUAUUCACCUGGAAAUAUCGACGAUUCAGUUGAACUGAGACUGAAGAUGUCCAAAAGCUAAGUCAUUUCAUGAAACGUAGGCCCGUCGUUAAGGUAACUGUCAACAAAAUAUGGUACUUUGCGGAAAAAUCGUCCUACGUGCGCCAUGGAAAAAUACACUGUAAAGCCUAUAAAGCAUAGAUUAUGAUAAUGUGUAAAAAUUUUCACAGUUCUUUCUUUUUUUAAGCGCGUGCAAGCCAUGAUUUACUAAAUUACCAUCCUCCGCGUUACCGCCGACCUCCAAACAAACAAGAUAGAGCCGGUCAUUCAGCAGAUAAUAGGCUAACAAAGUGUGUGAGGCUUUUUCGAUAUUCCUAUUGGUUCCUAUGAAAAUCUGUUUCGAAGUUGGACAAUGGAUAAUAUUUUGGUUGUUCCGCUCCGGGACGUCACGAAAAAAAUAGUUCGAAUUUCGUAAAAGCCUUACACACUUUGGCGCUUUGAUAGUAAAAAACCUCGAGUUUUUGGCCUCCAAAGAAAUCCACAGUUUUCGCAUCUCAUUUAAGAGCGUGUAAUUGCCGUCAUGCCGCCCACCAAUAAUUCGCAACAUCGAACUCCCUUGCAAUUCUUGUGAGAAAGAAUUUGCGGGAAAGGUCCUCUCACGAAACAGGAAAAACGAAUUUAUAAUGAAAGAAAUCCAAAACUUCAUCGUGAAAAACAGAAGGAAAAGCGGGCUCACCAGACUUUUCUCUUUUCGGACUCUCAUUCUUCAACGUUUUGCGAAGUGUGCUAGCAAUUCCCUUUUGCUGUGCAGUGCGAGACGCGAUGUGAAAUCCCGGACGAAAGCCCACGGCAAACGUCAACACUCUGCUGGAUGCCUUUCCGCUUGACACCUUUCACUCUUCGGUAAAGGUUCCCCUAAAACAUUCUUCAGUCUUACCUCGCGUUGUUUAUAAGAUUUUACAAUUUUUUUCCUAGCAAAUCAAAAUUAUCUGCUUCUAUAACUAAAGAGUGAAAAAAAUAAAUUUUGAAAAUUUUGACCAGAUUUAGUCAACAGUAACCUUUAGGGAGUACAUAACAAUGUUUUUUUAGGUGCUGAGGACAUGUCUGGAGCGAUUGCUUCAGUGUGCGACUCCCGACUCUGUUACUCGUCUCCGUUCUUCACGUCUGAGGUCAGAGGCUGAGAGAAUAUGGACGACAUACUUUCGCGAGCAGGAACACUCAAGCCUGGCAAACUUUUUGGAAAAAGUUAUCGGAGAUGUCAAGUCUAGUGACGGUGAAAGGGCUAAAGUACCACUACGCGCCCAGGUGAAAAGAACAACUCUCUUCUAAAAGAUUACCGUUAUUUAAUUUCGUCAGCUGAAAUUUUAGCUCGACAUUCUAAUUAAUAUAUCAUAACUGUAACUUGCCUUUAAAUAACCCACAGCGACAAGCAGUCUAACUGAAUAUUACCGCUAUAAUGCAACUACAUGAAUCCUAGACCUCGCUCUAACUUCUAACGAGUCAUACAAAUGUUUGUUGGGAAGUUUUGUAAGGGGAUGCGAAUGUUUCCACACCAUUUUGUGUUUGUUUGUUUGUUUGCUUGAAUCUUCUUUUACAGUAAUCCUCAAGGAGAUUACAUAUAAAGAGAAAGUCGCAAAUAACCGAAAACCUUUCAAAAGGGUUUAUUACACCAAAGUUCGUGUGUAUUUCUUUUUCGCAGUCCUGUGAUUUCGAAAUCUACCUUAGAUGACUUAAAUACGACUGGAGGAUGAUCUCUUACUUUUUUAGUGUUCGACGUAUUAUUUUUCAGAUAUCGACUCACUCUCGUCUCCUCUCUGAAAGAGACAUUCCUACCAUUGCAAAAGCUGCACAGCUUCCUCCCAGUUCAGUGAAGUGUGCCCCGCUGCAACAGUUUCAAACCGAACAGCAAUUCUUAAACUGCAUAGGGUAAAACUUGUUCUUCAAUUUUCGCUAGAUUUCUUCAAUUGGAAACUUUUUAAAAUAGCCAAUGCAUUUUAAAAUUCGAAUAUUUAAUGUACGUUUCGUAGGAGAGACUUCUGGUCCACGCUGGGAGGCAGGGAAAGCCUGUUAAUCGUUCAGUGCGACUCCGGAGAACAAAUCCUUGAUUUGAUAGCAUGCUCUCGCCAUUUGCUCAUUGAAGAGUGUAAGGAAAUGGAAAACGUGUUGCAUCCAGAUGCCACUGAUUGCAGUCACAUUAUAAUGAUUGUACAAGUGCCCAGGGUGGCAGGGGGCUGUCGAGAGUUCGUCAGUGUGCAAGGUGAGAAUUGGUUAUCUGUCCACAUUGACGAAUUGUGCCCUCCAAGUGAAGAAAUACCUCCGGUUGAAGCACUGAAGGACCGUUCAGUUAGUGAAAUUUUCGAGAGUGUCAUUGAUAAGACAGAAAACUAUUUGACUAUUGAUCAAGUUCUAACAAGUUGUGUGCAGACAGCAGCCAGUAAGAUUGAGGAUGACGAAUCGACACUUGGAAGGGCAACUAGACGAAUCGAACUGCUGCUUAAACUACUUCCUUCCAGAACGAAGGCUGGUGAGUUUUUAGAAUAGUAGUUGUUAACGUCUUUAGACAAGGAGUUGUUGACAACUGAACCAUUAUUUAUACGAUUUGGUCUUCUCCUCUAACCUCCUCAAACAAUUAUUUGUUCAUAUCGAGGUACGUUGUGUGCAUUUGAGGAAGUCGAUUGCAGUCGGUUUUUUACCUUUAUCCCGAAAAUUAAAUUUAAGUAGGAUUAAAAGCGCUACUCGAUGCAUAUCGAAUAGCUAUUCGGAAGGAAAAUUCGGAUUCUUUGCUGUUACCUUUUAAAUCUAGAUGAAGCAAAAUGAAAAUCCCAAGUAAAAGCAUCUUUAUUUUUUGUACAAUAAGGUUUUUCAAUGUAGGCUCAUCCCUAACACCUUUCAGAUUGAUGUUGUGAUUCCAUGUUGUUGCAGAAGACCUAAGUGACAACCGCUUUGAGAUGAUUCUAGCUAAACGACUUCAUGACCUACUAAAAGUAAAAGACCAGCGGGCACCAGAAAAGGGGAAAAGGUGGCUUGAAGACGUUGCCAAAGCGUGCACUGUAAACGAAAAUGGAGCUUUCAAAAAGGCACUUUGGCGCCGUUUUCAGUAUGUUGUGGCUCCUAUCCUGGCAGAGGUCAUCGCCUAUGUUGAUCGCGACGGAAACCUUGAGCUGGCUGUCAGCAAAGAUCCCUGGAUUUCAAAUCUCUGGUUAAACGUACUUGAAGACAAUUCCUUCGCUACCAUUAAUUUUUGCAAUGUUCAUGACAGGUGA